AUGGAGACUGGCGCUGGCCCACAUCCCCCGCGCCUGUUUGUCUGCCUGAUGCCGCUCUGUCUCGCGUUGCUUUUGGGACCAGGGAGGCCCGGGACCGCCGAGGAAGUCAUCCUCCUGGAUUCUAAAGCCUCCCAGGCUGAGCUGGGCUGGACUGCACUGCCAAGUAAUGGGUGGGAGGAGAUCAGCGGCGUGGAUGAACAUGACCGUCCCAUACGCACAUACCAGGUGUGCAACGUGCUGGAGCCCAACCAGGAUAACUGGUUGCAGACUGGCUGGAUCAGCCGCGGCCGCGGGCAGCGCAUCUUCGUGGAGCUGCAGUUCACGCUGCGCGACUGCAGCAGCAUCCCCGGCGCCGCGGGCACCUGCAAGGAGACUUUCAACGUCUACUACCUGGAAACCGAGGCCGACCUGGGCCUCGGGCGUCUUCGCCUAGGCGGCAGCCGACCCCGCAAGAUUGACACGAUCGCGGCGGAUGAGAGCUUCACGCAGGGCGACCUGGGCGAGCGCAAGAUGAAGCUGAACACAGAGGUGCGCGAGAUCGGUCCGCUCAGCCGGCGCGGUUUCCACCUGGCCUUCCAGGACGUGGGCGCAUGCGUGGCGCUGGUCUCAGUACGCGUUUACUACAAGCAGUGCCGCGCCACGGUGCGGGGCCUGGCGGUGUUCCCGGCCACCGCGGCCGAGAGUGCCUUCUCCACGCUGGUGGAGGUGACCGGAACGUGCGUGGCGCACUCAGAAGGGGAGCCCGGCAGCCCCCCGCGCAUGCAUUGCGGCGCUGAUGGCGAGUGGCUGGUGCCCGUGGGUCGCUGCAGCUGCAGUGCGGGAUUCCAGGAACGUGGCGACAGCUGCGAAGCCUGUCCUCCAGGGUUUUACAAGGUGUCCUCGCGGCGGCCGCUCUGCUCGCCGUGCCCCGAGCACAGCCGGGCCCUGGAGAACGCCUCCACGUUCUGCGUGUGCCAGGACAGCUACGCGCGCUCGCCCACCGACCCGCCCUCGGCUUCCUGCACCCGGCCGCCGUCGGCGCCGCGGGACCUGCAGUACAGCCUGAGCCGCUCCCCGCUGGCGCUGCGGCUGCGCUGGCUGCCCCCGGCCGACUCGGGCGGCCGCUCGGACGUCACGUACUCGCUGCUGUGCCUGCGCUGCGGCCGCGAGGGCCCGGCGGGCGCGUGCGAGCCGUGCGGGCCGCGCGUGGCCUUCGUGCCGCGCCAGGCCGGGCUCCGCGAGCGCGCCGCCACCCUGCUCCACCUGCGGCCCGGCGCGCGCUACACCGUGCGAGUGGCCGCGCUCAACGGCGUCUCGGGCCCCGCGGCCGCCGCGGGAGCCACCUACGCGCAGGUCACCGUCUCCACCGGGCCCGGGGCGCCCUGGGAGGAGGAUGAGAUCCGCAGGGACCGAGUGGAGCCCCAGAGUGUGUCCCUGUCGUGGCGGGAGCCCAUCCCUGCUGGAUCCCCUGGGGCGAAUGGCACGGAGUAUGAGAUCCGAUAUUACGAGAAGGGUCAGAGUGAGCAGACUUACUCCACAGUGAAGACAGGGGCACCUGCGGUCACCGUCACCAACCUGAAGCCGGCUACCCGCUACGUCUUUCAGAUCCGGGCCGCCUCCCCGGGGCCUUCCUGGGAGACCCAGAGCUUCAACCCCAGCAUUGAAGUGCAGACCCCGGAGGAGGCUGCUUCAGGGUCCAGUAACCAGAGCCCCGCGGUCGUCGUCACCGUGGUGACCAUCUCAGCCCUCCUCGUCCUGGGCUCUGUGAUGAGCGUGCUGGCCAUUUGGAGGAGGCCAUGCAGCUAUGGCAAAGGAGGUCGGGACGCCCACGAUGAGGAGGAGCUGUAUUUCCACUUCAAAGUCCCGACACGUCGCACAUUCGUGGACCCCCAGAGCUGUGGGGACCCGCUGCAGGCCGUUCAUCUGUUUGCCAAGGAGCUGGAUGCGAAAAGCGUCACACUGGAGAAGAGCCUCGGAGCAGGGCGGUUUGGGGAGCUGUGCUGUGGCUGCCUGCAGCUCCCUGGCCGCCAGGAGCUCCCUGUGGCCGUGCACACGCUGAGGGAGGGCUGCUCCGACUCUCAGAGGCUCAGCUUCCUGGCCGAGGCCCUCACCCUGGGCCAGUUUGACCAUAGCCACGUGGUGCGGCUGGAGGGUGUUGUGACACGAGGAAGCACCUUGAUGAUUGUCACUGAGUACAUGAGCCAUGGGGCCCUGGAUGGCUUCCUCAGGCGGCAUGAGGGUCAGCUGGCGGCUGGGCAGCUGAUGGGGUUGCUGCCCGGGCUGGCGUCGGCCAUGAAGUACCUGUCGGAGAUGGGCUACGUUCACCGGGGCCUGGCUGCCCGCCGGGUGCUGGUCAGCAGCAGCCUCCUCUGCAAGAUCUCUGGCUUCGGGCGGGGACCCCGGGACCGAGCAGAGGCUGUCUACACCACCAUGAGUGGUCGGAGCCCGGCCCUAUGGGCCGCCCCCGAGACGCUUCAGUUUGGCCACUUCAGCUCUGCCAGUGACGUGUGGAGCUUUGGCGUCGUCAUGUGGGAGGUGAUGGCCUUUGGGGAGCGGCCCUACUGGGACAUGUCUGGCCAAGACGUGAUGAAGGCCGUGGAGGAUGGCUUCCGGCUGCCGCCCCCCAGGAACUGCCCCACUCCCCUGCACCGACUGAUGCUUGACUGCUGGCAGAGGGACCCAGGUGAGCGGCCCAGGUUCUCCCAGAUCCACAGCAUCCUGAGCAAGAUGGGGCAGGACCCAGAACCCCCAAAGUGUGCUGCGACCACCUCUCCCAGGCCUCCCACGCCUCUGGCGGACCGUGCCUUCUCCACCUUCCCCUCCUUUGGCUCUGUGGGCGCGUGGCUGGAGGCCCUGGACCUGGGCCGCUACAAGGACAGCUUUGCUGCAGCCGGCUAUGGGAGCCUGGAGGCCGUGGCCGCCAUGACCGCCCAGGACCUGGCGGGCCUGGGCAUCUCGUCGGUGGAACACCGGGAGGCCCUCCUGAGCGGGAUCGGUGCCCUGCAGGCCCGAGUGCUCCAGCUGCGGGGCCGAGGCGUGCAGGUGUGAGCCGCCCGCUCUGCCAGCCCUGACAAGGACCCGCCAGCUGUGCUCCACCUUUGCAGAAGGGAGCACACUCUUCCUCCACUUGGGCCCCGAGCUGGUUUGGGGCCACAGGCCCCCCAUUUCACUGCCUACUCCUCCCAUUUUCCCCAGUCUGAACAUCUUGGCUGACUCAGUCCCCUUGGAGAAAAGGUCCACAUCCCCAGGGAGGCCCCCUGCCAUAACAGUGGGAGGACAUGCAGGGGCUCAGAGACUGCGGCAGGCUGGGGCAGGGAGGGGAGGCAUGGCUUCAAAUCACCCAGUUCAUGCCCUCUGUCUUCCACAUGCACUGGGUCUAGAGUCUACCCCAGUGGGUACCCCAUUUUCCCACAGACCCAUUGGCCAGUGUUCAGCACAGGUCCCUGAUGGAUGGGCUCCCAUUAGACCUAGCAGUGACCACAGCUGCUUGGCAGCCCAUCCCAAUGGGCCCCGGAGGGCCAGGGUCCUCAGCUCCCUGUGCUUGGGCUGCAGCCUGUCUGGUCCCAAGGCCCAGGUGGGCAAAGGUGGUGCUGAGCCCAGAGGCUGGACCCGGAGGGCCCCAGACUCAGGAACUGAUCUCUGCUUCUCCUGCCCUUGGGCUGACAGUUCAGGGUGAGGGUGAGGAUCCUGGCUGGGCCACUCAAGGUCCUGGUGCUCCCCUGAGGCCCCACAAGGCCUCCCCUUUGCAUUCCUUUUAUAAACUCACUGGCCAGGACAUCUAGGAAGAGCAUGAAAAGAGAGGUUUUCUCCCAGGGGACCCAAGAGCUUGGCUCUCCAGCCUCGGGGAUGGUGAAGUUGUGACUCUCAGAGAUGGGUCUUCUCUCUCUAACAGGCUGGUCCCAGCCUCACUGCACAGCUGGGAAACCAAGGCCCAGUGAGGGGUCAGGGGACAGAACCCAUGUGCCCAACUCUCAAUCCAGGGAUGAGGGGGUCUCUGGGGAGAGUCCUUGGUCCUGCCCUGUGACACCAGUUCUCCUGAGGUAGCCCAGGGGUACUCUGAGGUGACCCUUCUUGGAAGCUCUGUUCCCUGGGUACCCACCGCCCAGCCUCCCAUGGAGCGCCUUCUGCCUCUGGCGGCAGUGGUUUUCUGAGCUUACUCCAGAGUUCCUCAUCCAGAAGGACUUCCCAGAGGCGGUGGUGGCGUGAGGCCAGGGCUUUCACAGGACAGCAGGAAGGCCGCUGAUCUGGAUAGGGCCACAAGGGUGGAGUUUGUCCAGGUCCCCCCCGACAUA